CCUCGACCCUCAUCUUCUUGGUUUGCCCCGCCCUUUGGACCUGAGCAUAUCUCCGAUCCAUCCAUUACACCCACUCUUCCUCCCCUUUGCACCCUACCCCUUCCUGGCAUCUACACGCGCCACCUCCUGCCCAUCACCGCGUCGCCAUAGCCAACAGUCUUUUCUACUACCCAGCAUCGUUAAUUCAAUACCCACUCCUCUGACCCCUCUUGCGCUCGUCGCCACCACCUCAUCACCCUUUCACAACACCCCACCGCCUCUGCCCAGGAUGUCUGAGCUCAAUAUUCGCAUGGGCCCCGCCCUCAAGUACGACACUGUCGAUGUCUCCACUUAUACAUGGCAUGGUUUCGCCAUGAUCGUCACUGCCGACGAUACUAGCGACUACUCUACCACGCCUACCAUCCGGCUCACCUGGAAGCCAUACACCAAGGGCUCCAACGAGGAAGCUCACCAGAGCAAUGGCGAGACAAACGGUGCGUUGAACGAUGAGGGGGCCAUUGUCAAGGAGACGGCCGCUCAGACUAGCACUGCCAUCAAGCUCUGGAACUACAAGGGCGAGAAUGGCUCCUUUACCUUCUGGAGAUUCAAGCUCGAGGUGCCCCUCACCGACUCGGAGCAAAAGGUCUCUUACUCCCUCGAGGGAGUCGCGCACCCAGACUCUGCGCCACCUGCCGUCAAAGAAGGCAAGUCGAAUAGCUUCUUUGUCCCCAGCAAGACGCAGAACUUCCGCUGGAUUGGCCACUCCUGCAAUGGAUUCUCAGCCAGCCUCGACCCCAAGGAAUGGAAUGGACCAGAUCCUCUGUGGAACGAUGCCCUUCGUCAGCACGAAGAGAAGCCUUACCACGCCGUCGUUGGAGGAGGAGACCAGAUCUACAAUGACAAGCUGGUGGGCGAGCCUGAGAUGAAAGAGUGGAAGGAAUGCAAGGACCCAAUUGCACGAAUGAAGAUGCAGGUCACGCCCGAGAUUGCCACUGCCGUUGACCGCUACCUCUUCAACCACUACUGCGAAUGGUAUGGAAGCGGAGCCUGGAGCAAAGCCAUUGCGGCCAUUCCCAUGAUGUCCAUGCUAGACGACCAUGACCUCAUCGACGGCUUCGGCUCAUACCCCGAUGAUCUCAUGAACGCCCCCGUCUUCAACCACAUCGGCCGACGAGGAUUCUUCUACUACCACCUCUUCCAGCAAUUCCAGCACGAAGACGUCGAUGGGCUGGAGCGCGACAAGCACUCUAACAGAAGCAUCAUCUUUGGAGGCAUGGGGCCCUACGUCCACUUCCCCAGUCAGAGUUACCUCGCCUACUUUGGACCUGACCAGUGGAUCUUGAUGAUCGAUUGCAGAGCCGAGAGGAAGCUCACACAGAUUUGCACACGAUUGACGUACGACAGGAUCUUCGACAGGGUGCGAACGGAUCUUCCUGCAGGUGUGAAGCACCUGGUGAUCCUCCUGGGUGUGCCGCUCGCUUACCCACGCAUGGUAUUCAUGGAGAAGGCUCUGAGCUCUGCCUGGAACCCCCUUCUGAUGCUGGCAAAGGGCUUGGCACCUGGUUUUGCCAAUGAGUUCAAUGGAGAAGUCGAGCUCCUGGACGAUCUGAACGAUCACUGGUGUGCAGCCAACCACAAAAAGGAGCGCAAUGCACUGGUUUGCGAUGUCCAGAAGCUCGCACUGGAGAAGAAUGUCCGAAUCUCAUGGAUCUCGGGUGAUGUGCACGCUGGUGGCGUUGGCAUGUUCCACGGUUACCACGCUCAUGACCCAGCAUAUGACCCCAAGAUGUCACUGGCUAUCAUCACGUCUGCCAUUGUCAACUCUCCUCCCCCUCCUGCUAUCAUCUCUUUGCUCAACAAGCUGGGCAAGAAGAAGCAUCGCUCCCUCUUCUACGCCGGUACCAAGGAGACAAUGGUUCCCCUCUUCCCCGAAGAUCUUCAUGGCCAAAAGCAGAACGACAAGUACAUUGUAGGAGCUAGGAAUUGGUGCUCGGUCAGCAUGAUUCCCGAAAAUGGCGAUUUGGAAUUCGAGUUGAGAGUAGAGAAGGAGAAAGGGUCAGGAGAGGUCAAGUCGUACCCUGUAAGGACUCCUGCGCCCAAGUGGAAUGUCCCAAAGGAGAAGCAUCACUUGCUGCUCACAAAGGAAUUUUCAAAGGAGACGAUGAAGCUGUCUGGUGGGAAAUUCUCUGGCAAGAUGUCAAAGGACCCUGUCAAGCAGGCUGCUGCUGCCUGAGGUAUUAGCUUUACUCCUCUUGAAUGAUACCACUCUUCGAAGGAGAGUCUUGAUACCUUGCCAUCUGGCCUUGGUCCCUAUGACAUUCGCCCGAGCUGCUCUAUGCUCCGCCGCAUCGUAUUCCGCUUGCGUUGCGCUCGUCAUCAUCAUCAUGAUUAUGAUCAUGAUCGUGAUCAUCAUCGAUGAUCAUCAGCAAUCAGUACCAUCCGUCUAUUCACCCAAGCACGCUCUCUGUCUAUCUCUUGCCACACCAAGUUUGCUCAAUACCAUUGUUUGAUUUCUGUCUCAAAGUAGAAG